AUGAGCAGAGACAUAGUAGUGGUCGGCGCAGGUGUGAUUGGCUUAUCAGCUGCUCUGGCGUUAAGUGAAGAAGGUUAUAAAGUAAAAAUCAUUGCUAAACAUCUUCCAACAGAUCCCUUGAAUUCACAAUAUACCUCUCAAUGGGCAGGUGCUCAUUUCAGACCAUAUCCUAGUAAAUCUGAUAAGGAUUAUGAAGAAUCAAAGUUGGCUAGAAAGACUUUAAAACGUUUCAAGAGAGUAGCUGUUGAAGAACCUUGGUCGUCUAUAAAAUUUAUAGAAGGUAUUGAUUAUUUAGAAACCCAGGGGCUUUACGGUGUGAAAUCAAGAGGUUAUUUUGAAGAAUUAACUAAUAUGAAAGAAAUUUCAAAGGACAAACUCCCAAAGAAUGUCUCGUUUGGUGCUAAAUAUGACACUUGGAUAGUUAAUUCACCAUUAUACAUCCAGUAUUUACAAAGAAAACUGACUUUCGAAUAUGGUGUUCAAUUUGAAAGACAAGAGAUUGGGUCAUUAAAACAAGUUUCACAAUCGAAUCCUGGAUCUAUUGUUGUUAAUGCUACUGGGUUAGGUGUUCAGUAUAACGGUGGAUUAGAUCCUAACUCUUUUGUGAUUAGAGGUCAAACUUUAUUAGUCAGAGCACCUAAAGGAAAUCCAUAUGAAAACAAAACAAUCACUCAUCAAUCAUCAGAUGGUUCGUGGACAUUCUUGAUUCCAAGACCUUUAGAUGGUGGUUUGAUCGUUGGUGGUACCAAGCAAGUUGGUGAUUAUCAAACAACUCCAAAAAUUGAAGAUACAAAAGCUAUAACCAGUAGGGCCAAAGUUCUCUUCCCGGAAGUGUUCAUUGAUGGUGAGCUUGAUAUCAGAAAUAUAAAUGUAGGGUUCAGACCUGCUAGAAAAGGUGGUAUAAGAAUUGAGUCUGAGCAGAUUGAUAAUCAACAACUAGUUCAUGUUUAUGGGUUUGGUGGAAUGGGUUAUGAAACAUCGUGGGGUGCAGCAGAAGAAGUUUUGAAACUUGUAAAGUUAUUAAGUCGUGAUUCAAAACUUUGA